AUGCCUGAGAGCAAUCCACGUUGCAUGCCAGGGAGCAGUCCACAUGGCAGGUCAGAGAAGCACCCGCCGCCCAGAAGCAGCUCCAACGGUUACCAGUUUCACCCCUCCAACAACUUCCGCUUCCCGCAUUCCAUUCCUGGCAGCAGAAGCUUUCCUUCCCCCCCAUCUCCCCCGUUCUGGGCCCCCUCCGCCCACUCCCCCAUCUCCACUCACUCCCCCACCUCUGCCUACUCCGCCCACUCCCCCAUCUCCGCUUAUUCCGCCCACUCCCCCAUCUCCGCCCACUCCCCCCAGUCUCCUUCCCAUUCCCUCCUCUCCCCCACAUCAGCUCACUCCGCCCUCUCCCCCUUCCCCAGCCCCUCGUCACAGCCGCGCCAUGCGCGCAUGCACUCUCUCUCCCUGCAAUCAACUGCCAGUCUUGAAUCAACUCACGACUCCCCCUUGUCAGCUCACUCCGCGCUCUCCCACCUCUCCACACACUCCGCCCUCUUCUCCCCCCUCUCUGCUGUCCCCGCCCCUUCAUCAAGGCCGCACCACACUCGCACAGGCUCUCUCGCCCUGCGACCCUCCCAUAUGCCCUGCUCGCCUCUCUUCGCUUCCCCCGGUGGUGCCUCUGCUGCUCCGUCCCCGGCUUCUGAGCCUGGGUGGUCGCGCAGCCACCCCCACGCCAUUCCACCCCGUCCUAUUCCUUCUCCUGUUGCUCCCGUCGCAGAGACAAUGGGGAUGAGGGAAAGGAGGAAGGAGGGGAGGAAGGAGAGGAAGGAGGAGAGGAAGGAGGAGGAGGAAAGGAAGGAGAGUAAGGGGGCCAAGAAAGAGGGGAAGGAAGAAAGGAAGGAAAGGAAAGAGGAGAGGAAGGAGGAGAGAAAUGAAGCGAGGAAAGAGUGGAAGGAGGAGAACAAAAGAGAAUUGAAGGAGGAAUCGAAGCAGGAGAGGAACACUCAAGACAGGGUUAGCAUGAGAGACAAGGUCGCGACAGUUGCCAGCAGUACCAGUAAAACCAGCAAUGUUCAAUUCUUUGGUAGCAGCGCCAGCAGCACCGGAAGCGGCAUGUCUGAUCGCCGGGGCACUGAUGCUGCGGCCGCAGGAGUGAGGUCGAGCGUGUGUAGGGAGGUGUGUGGGGGGGUAGAGGGAGGGGAUUCGGAUGGAGGUGUGUGUGAGGAAGAGGAGGAUGUGAGGAGGGAGAGGAGCCAGCCACGUUGCCCCUGGGAAGCAGCCGGCAUCUCGUACCCCUUCCGGGAAGCUUCUUCUGCUGGGCCAGAGGAGGCGGUGCAUGGUGUGAUACCCGUUCAUGGUGAAAUGCAUGGGGUCAUGCAUGGGGCCAUGCGUGUUGGCAUGGAUGGUGGCACGGAUGGGGCCAUGCGUGGUGGCAUGGAUGGUGAAGAGAAGUCAACACGUGAACAUGGAGAUCACGAUCAUGUGUUGAGUCCAGAUCAAUACGAGCAUGCGCGUGGGUCCACAUCAAAGCAUUCGUACAUGUUUCUAAAGGAACGGUUUAUUCAGAUUGCGGCCAAGAGGGUGUCUUUUAGUAUACGGGUGGACCACAUUCCGUAA